AUGGGAAGUGGCACCUCCACCCAACAGCACUUUGCUUUUCAGAAUGCCGAACAUGCCUUCAAGGCAGCGGCACUGAUCCAGAGGUGGUACCGGCGGUACAUGGCCCGCCUGGAGAUGAGGCGGCGCUGCACCUGGACCAUCUUUCAGUCCAUCGAGUAUGCUGGACAGCAAGACCAGGUCAAGCUCCAUGAUUUCUUCAGCUACCUCGUGGACCACUUCACCCCCAGGUGCCACACAGAGAGGGACUUCCUGGAUCGCAUGUUCACUGAAGAGAGAUUCCGCGAGGACCCUGGGCUGGAGAGAUGCGGUGACUAUGAGUGCAUAGAGGUAACGGACAGUUACUCGGGGCCACAUCUCUCCUUCCCGCUUGUUCCGGACCAUGCAACAGCCCUCGUGGAAGCUUUCAGACGGAAACAACAGCUCCAUGCUCGCUAUGUCCUGAAUCUCUUGCAUGAAACCAGGAAGCACCUCAUGCAGCUGCCAAACAUCAACCGAGUCUCGACCUGUUACAGUGAGGAGAUCACUGUGUGUGGAGAUUUGCAUGGCCAGCUGGAUGACUUAAUCUUUAUAUUUCAUAAGAAUGGCCUUCCGUCGCCAGAGCGGGCUUACGUGUUCAACGGCGACUUUGUGGACAGAGGCAAGGAUUCCGUAGAGAUCUUGAUGGUUCUGUUUGCUUUCAUGUUGGUUUACCCCAAAGAAUUCCAUCUUAAUCGAGGGAACCACGAGGACCACCUGGUGAACUUAAGAUAUGGCUUCACCAAGGAAGUGAUGUAUAAAUACAAGAUGCAUGGCAAGAAAAUCCUAAAAACACUGCAAGAUGUCUUCUGUUGGCUUCCGCUGGCCACUCUGAUCGAUGAGAAAGUGCUGAUUCUUCAUGGGGGGGUGUCAGACAAGACUGACCUGGAGCUUCUGGCUAAACUGGACAGGCACAAGGUUGUUUCCACUCUGAGAUGCAAAACCAGAAAGGAGAACGACAAACUGGCAGAGGACAUGAGAAAAGCCGAACAGACGAGCUCUCCAGGGAGACCCUCGCUCUGGUUCCUCCCCCAAAGCCGCUCUCUCCCCUCUUCGCCCCAGCACCUGGGCUCGCUCAGAGAUGGCAAGGCUGGCCGCUCCUCCAGCAUCCCCAGCAGCGCCUGCCUGGACCAGAAGGUCCUCUCCUGGCAGGUGCAGCGCUCGGUGGACCUGGAGCUGGAGAGGUGCUGGCAGCAGGCGGGCUUCCCAGUGAUCCAGAAGAAGGGGGAGCUCUUACCCUCCGGGGCCGAAGUGGAUGCUGACACUGGGGGGCUGCCAGAGCCCACUCAGGAGGAGUGGAAGCAGGUGGUGGAUAUUCUGUGGAGUGACCCGAUGGCGCAGGAGGGCUGCAGGGCUAACUCUGUCCGAGGAGGUGGCUGUUACUUUGGGCCGAAUGUGACCGAACAACUGCUGCAGAAACACAACCUGCAGUUUCUGAUCCGUUCUCACGAGUGCAAACCCGAAGGCUAUGAGUUCUGCCACAACCGCAAGGUGCUAACCAUCUUUUCUGCCUCCAACUACUAUGAAGUUGGCAGUAACAGAGGAGCCUACGUCAAACUGGGGCCUGCCUUGACCCCACAUAUUGUGCAGUAUCAAGCUAACAAGGCAACGCAUGAGCUAACCAUGAGGCAAAGGAUCAGCAAAGUAGAGGAGUCAGCUCUGGGAGCUCUUCGAGAAAAAUUAUUUGCUCAUUCUUCCGAUCUUCUGGGUGAAUUUAAGAAGCACGAUGCAGGUCACCCUGGCUUCAUCACCCUGAGGGACUGGGCGACCGCCGUGGAGUCUGUGCUACGUCUUGGGUUGCCCUGGCGGAUGCUGAGGCCACAGCUGGUGAGCGGCUCCCCCGAGAGCCUGCUGGAGUACAAAUCCUGGCUGGAGGGCCUGGUCAAGCAACAGCUGAACCGGGAGAACAUACAGUCAAGUUUGCUGGAGACACUGUAUCGAAACCGAUCCAACCUGGAGACCAUCUUUAGGACCAUAGAUAGUGAUCAUUCAGGGUUUAUCUCCCUGGACGAGUUCAGGCAGACCUGGAAACUGUUCAGCUCCCGCAUGAACAUCAGCAUCACGGACGACUGUAUCUGUGACCUCACUCGGAGCAUUGACUUCAACAAGGACGGCCACAUCGAUAUCAACGAGUUCCUGGAGGCUUCCCGCCUGGUGGAGCAGACCAGCUUGGAAGGCAGCCCCUCAGAUGGUCCACCGGCCAACUCUGACGACAGUGGCUGCCACAGCCCGGGCAUGCCCUGAGAAGAGCCGGUUUCCAUCACCCAGGCUGCCUCCUUAGCCAUGUUGAACUGAUGGCUGAA